AUGGGUAAUUCGGCAGCUCAUAGAAAUAAUUCAACAGCAGUCUCGACUGCUAUUACAUCAAAAGAUCCAAGUUCAUUUGUUUAUCAAGAUUUAAUUUUUCAUGUUCAAUCAAUUCAAUAUCGAAUGAUUGAAAUCUCCCAAUAUCUUGAUGAUCAAUGGAAAGAGAAACAGAAGAUACAAAAAGAAUUGAAAUCACGUUCAAUAACAUUUGUUGAUCCAUAUGGUAAUUCAAUGACUAAUAAAUAUAUGGACCAUGAGUUUAUCAGUACAUUGUUUACGAAAUAUAAAAAGAACUAUGUACCAAAAUAUUUACAAAAGUGGAUUAAAAUUGGAACAAUGAAUCAAAAUAAUAUUUCGGCAUUGAUUGAUUCAGAACUGAAAUCAUCUGUAUUUGAAUAUCCAGAUGGUUAUCAAUUUAUUACAUAUGGUGAAGUAAAAAUCUUGAUAGUAAAUUGUGAAGGUAUAUCGUCUCAACAAUUGAUCCUAUCAGUUCUUCUAACAGAUACUAUAGAAAAGAUUCAAAUGCAAAUAGAGAAACGUCUAAAGUUGUCAAAUAUUCAACUAAAAUCUUUUAUAUCAGAUCAAGAUUCUCAAGUAAAUAAACAAAAUUGGAAUGAAGGUAAAAUACUCAAAGCAAAUGAUACUGUCAUGUCAUCUAAAUUAUAUGAAGAUAAUUGUAUCAUUAUAGCAAAAAUUCUUCAAGAAAAAAAUGAUACUGGAAAAUCCAUUGGUCAAUUUCAAAUUUUUGUGAAAACUCUUACUGAAAAGACAUUUACAAUAGAAGCUGAUUCUAACACAGAUAUAGCUUCUGUGAAAGCAUUGAUUGAAAACACAGAAGGUGUUCCUCCUGAUCAGCAACGUUUAAUAUUUGCUGGAAUACAGCUGGAAGACCAUCGAACUCUUUCAGAAUAUAAAAUACAAAUGGAAUCUACAAUUUAUAUGGUACUACGUUUACGUGGUGGAAUGUAUCAUUUUACGAGCGGUCGACAAGAUUUUCAAAACUUACCAGAUUCAGAAGCCGAAGCAAUAAAAAAUGUUCUUGCUUUCGAAUUUAAAUAUAUGAAUCAUUUUAAACGUGUGCCACUGGCUGAACUACAAAAUUUUCUUUUACAAGGACAAGCUGUUCUUUCAAAAUUAUUUUAUGAAACCAAACAUCUUUCUGUAGCUGACGAUCUUCCACAUUUGAAGAACAUUAUAUUAUCGACUCGUGCUAUUAAUGAAGAUGAGAAUAUUGAUGAAGAAGAUAAUAUCUCAAAUGACCAAUGA